UUUGCUCUUGCGUGCCAAAACUAAUAACGCGUGCUUUAGCCAUGUGUUACUAACUACGGGCAGUGGUGGAACACAUCAUUUUGGACCCAACUGGACCCAUAACAUGGUUGCUUUGACAAAGGACUCUCUGGAGCUUGAAAAAGGCGACUGGACUUCUUUUUGUUUCUUGAAGACGUUUCACCUCUCAUCCGAAAGGCUUCUUCAGUUCUCAACCAAAUAGUGGAGAGACCCAGUGUAAAUACAAUCAGCUGGAACAUGGAGUCCUCGUCAGUGGCAGCGUGCAAAACAAAGAAAAGAAAAAACAGCACGCACGCAGCUCAGGAGGAGGCUAAGAGAUUCAAAACUGAGCAGAGAGGUGAUGAGGUGCUGCCGUGUGGACGGGCCUCUUGCUUGCCGAGGCUCUCGGUGUUGCCCGCCCGCCUUCAGCAGCCGGUCACUCUGAAUGAACUGACAGAGCUGCUCCAGUAUGCUGCUCUCGGGAAAACAGGAGGCAUCAAAAAGCCCAGUUGGUGCCGUCUCCGCCAUCAGAGAAAGAUUAAAGGCAUAAAUGUUGUGAUUGUGGAGGGUCUGACGCAGAGUCACUUUUACAAACACUACCUCAGUAUGCAACACCUCAGGACCAGCUACACCACUAGGGUCACCUUCACGCCAUCAUCUGAAGAUGUAGCAUCGGGAAUCUUUUGUAGUAAAGUUCCCAAACAGGACGGUUUGUCUGUCAUUAAACCAGAGGAGGAACUGCACGAAGCAAUGAAAAAUCAUCCAAUCAUCACCAUGUUUGGGGCAGAGAGGAGAGGACUAACAGCAUAUGUUCUCACAGAGGAAGUGAUGAUCAAUAACAAGUACCCUGUUAUGGGAAUGCCAGGCUUCGAGGAAUUCGUGUGCACAGACUGCGUUGACUAUGUGACUGACAGUAGCCCUCUCUUUGGAAUUGACUGUGAAAUGUGUCUAACCGAAGAUGGAAAAGAGUUAACUCGUGUUUCUCUGGUGGACAGUGAUGGGAAGUGUUUAAUGGAUGAGCUGGUGAAACCUCAGAACCGCAUUCUCAACUACCUUACCAAAUUCUCUGGAAUCACCCAUGCAAUGUUGCGACCAAUCACAACCACCCUGCAGGAUGUUCAAGAAGUGCUUAUUAGGAUUUUGCCACGUGAUGCAGUUCUCGUGGGCCAUUCUCUCAACCAUGACCUCAUAGCUUUGAAACUCAUCCACAAGCAUGUAAUUGACACGUCACUGCUGUACAAGAGGGAUUUUUAUCAUCGCUUUAAGCUCAAGGUUCUGACCGAGACCAUACUGAAGAGGCAAAUUCAAACGGAAGAUAUGUUGGGUCAUCAUCCCACUGAGGAUGCUCUGGCAGCCCUGGAGCUGGCCCAGUACUUCAUCAAAACAGGACCUCUCCAGGUUUUAAAGAUUCACGGGAAAGAGCUGUGGGGAGUAACAGAAGAAGAGGAGUCCUCAGACAGUCACAGGUUAUCUGACGUACUACGGGCACUUGGCCAUUCAGCGGCCUUUUUAGGAAAAGAUUCUGAUGUCGCAUCCAGUCAGUCCAGUCACCAGUGGUGCAAGUCAGACAAAGAGGUGCUGGAAUCUUUCCGGAAUCAGAAAAAGUGUCCGUUCUUCUGCGUCCUCCAGUUUCCAACCAUGUCAAACCAUCUGAAGAGUUGCUUCCCUCACCAGCAGCAGCACCAUCAGAACGUUUGUGCACGACUUCAGGACAUGUGUGUAGUGUUUGCUGGGCCGUUCCCCACAGGUUUCUCUGAUAGAGAAGUGAAGCAGCUGUUCUGUUGCUGUGGAGCAGUUCGAAAAGUCAAGAUGUUGAACACGAGCGUCAGGGUUCACGCAGAGGUUGAGUUUGAGCUGCUGGAGGGAGCAGUGCUGGCUGUAAAAACUCUGAAUGGGCUUAAUGUGCUGGGGCAGACCAUCAAGGUACAGAGACCAGUGGAUGAGUCAAUGCUAGACCUGGAUGUGACUCUUGAAGCACUGAUGGGUGACACUCUGAAUGCCUGUCACCUCUAUGCUGUUGAAGUGAACCCCAGUAUGGCUGAGUCUGUCAACAUUUCCACAAAGGUUAAUGGGCAUAUGUCAGAUGCUGAACGCUUAGAUCUCAAUCCUGUCAAAACAGUAAACGGGUUGCCACCAGCUAAAGUGUACAAAUGGUUGCAUCUCAAUACCUUUAAAUCUGAACUGUCUGAGGAGUCAGUCAGAGAGACAUUUGGUCACUUUGGAACAGUGGAGAGAGUCAUCCUGUCUGCCAAACCUCAGAAAUCCACAGGACAUGCAUGCAUAGUGUUUGAGAGUUCAGAGGACAAACGUGCAGCCCUCAGCUCUUCUGAGGAUUUGUGGAAGAAGAACUACCUCAUCUGUCCGUCCCUGACACCGCUCCACUUGCCUUCAUGGAUAGCAGCAGAGAAUAAGAAGACAGCCCUCAUUCACAACAGCGCUGAGGAGCAGCAAAUGGACGCCAUGAUGAGGAAGCUAGACCGCCGUCUGCAGACGCUCUUCAAAUCUCUCCCGGCCGGCACUCUGUCUGUGGUUGUGCUAUGCGGACACACCAGCACAAAUGGUCACUUUCCUGGACUGUGUCUAAUGGAGGUCAAGCAAGAUUGUCGAGGAGAUGGAGUGUGAAACUGCUGCCGCUCUGUCGGUUCUAGGACGUCUGAACCUGUGUCACCUGGAUCAAAUGAGAUCAGUCCAGUAAAAUAAAACUCCAAGUCUGUGGGAUUUACUGAGACUCGCUCUGUCUCAGGAAUCGUUUUAUAGCAGGAGCCUUUUAUAGUUUUGUAUAAUGGAGCGAGUUAAAUUCUUGUAACCUUUUUUAUGUGUGGAUCUAAAUGAAAUAACUCUGUACCUCUGAGUGUAUAAUUACUGGAAACAUGAUAUUUGGCAUUCCAUGAAUGAAGGUUUAUUGCCAUAUGGGUGAACAGGUUCACAGUAUGAGAUGAUUUUUUUGAACCUACCUAUCCCAGUGUACCUCUUUGUUCUUCUGUUAAAGGUAGCGCCGGGAAUAUGGCUGCAUGACCUUGGACACCUGUCCCCCGUGUUUGUGUUUGCUGAAUGGGUGCUCUGUUAACUGCAAUUUCCUAGUGGAAUGAACAGUAUUUGUACAUUAAGCUUGCUUCAGUUUAUUGUUCAAUAAUAGAAAGUGAAGAAGGCUCAACACAUGCAGAAGAGUAGUUUGGAAGGCUAGCGCACACUAUAAUUUAUGAGGGGAAAAUACCCUCAGGCAUUAUGGUGUAUGCUAAAAGAUAUGAUUUCCAUUAAUGUAGCAGAGUAAAUUAAAUACAAAACAGAUUAUUAUUGUACUUAGGAUAUAGGAACUAUGAAUUUGGGCAUUGCACUUAAAAUGACUCACAUUCAUAGACCAAAAUUACACAGUAGAGCAGUUGAUGUGGUAGAGUACAAAUACUUUUGAAAGAAGUAAAUAUAUUCAAUUCAAUUUUAUUUAUAUAGUACUAAAUCACAAUAAGGUACGGUAAAGACCCUACAAUAUAUCCACAUGAAACUUUAAGGGCUGAAAAAGGUUGGGCAUCAGCAUACGACUGAUCCAGGUUGUUUAAUCAGUGUUGUAAUUCCAAACUAAUAGAUCCCAGAAUUAAUACAGAACAUGUGAGCGCCAACGUUGUUUCUUCAUUUCACAGCCAAGUUACAUUUGCCAGUAUUACAAAAAAAAAAAAAAAUCAACUAUAUUAGAAGAUUAUUUAGACCAAGAAGGAAUCACAGCUGACAAGCUCUACAAUACAGUAGUGGCAAUGUAGAAAAUUUGGAGUGACAGUCGGUGAGACCUGACUCCGCUCACUCCUGUGUGAACGAUUCGGUUUAAACAAACCUAAUCACAACAAAGAAAGCCAUUCGGUGAAAAUGAAGAGGAAUUCUCCCUCAGUGAGUGGAAAAUAAAGGUAAGAGGAGAAAAAGCAAAAUAAUACUAAGUGGAGCAUCAUAAAUCUAUAAAUAUAAUGCUACCAGUCUAGCCUCAGCUGUAGGGACCACUCACGUGAAUAACUCUCCAUCACAUGCUCUCUUUUGU